AUGUUACAGAGAACUAGAAGCCAAGACACAAUUACUACAUUAAUAAAUAAAGAUUAUUAUUUUCAAAAUCCCAUUCCUAUUAGAUCAAAUGAAAGUAAUUCUACUCAAUUAUUAACUUCUGCGAUUACACAUAUAAACCAAGAAUACCAAGAGGACGAAGAUGAUAUUGAAGAUGAAGAACAAGAUGAAGAUACAUCAUCAGAUUUUAAUUCAUUAUAUUCACAAGAUACUUUAAUAACCCCACAAAUUUCAAUAUUCAAUAAUAGAUCGUUAUCAGAUUUUAGAUAUUAUAAAGAAAUACCAAUAACAUCACCAACUAAAUUACAAUCAAACAUAAACUUAUAUAAAUCACAAUCAUCAAUAUUUGAUAAUUCAUACCCCAUUUUAACUAAAUCAUCAAAAAUUUUCAAUAUACUUAAAAUCUCAUCAUUUAUGGAAAUUGAAAACUUCAAUACUCAAACAAAUAAAAAACAAAUAUUUUGUAAAAUCGAAUUUAAAAUUUAUUCAAAUCAUUUAACUUAUUACAUUUUAAAAUUCCCAACAUUAAAUCAAACAAUAUAUCUAUUAAAUAACAACUCAAAUACACCAAGCGUAGAUUUCAAAAUUCAGCAAGGACAUUUCAGAAUAACGGGUAUAACUGGUACCUCAUCAGCUACAAGAUCAUCCAAUCAAAACAUAUCUAUACAUUUAAUGGAUCCAUCAAAUACUGAAAAUCUUUUAACGCACAACCUAAAUACAGACUCACGUGGAAAAUUACAAAUAAACAACAAACUAUCAAAUUUAAUUCAAUGUCAAAAACGUAAAGAAAUAAAUGAAAUAAUGAAGAGCUCAAAAAAAUUAUUAAAUUUCCCCAUUGCUCAAUAUAUAGAUUCUAAUGACAUAAAACUAAGACCAAUAGAAUCAUCUGAAGACUCAAAACAUACUCAAAGUUGUAUACAACAUGGAUAUUUGAAAAUGUAUGAUCAUUUAUCUAAUGAGGAUUUUGUUAGUGAUGAGAUGUUGAUGAUUUGUUGUAUAUUAUUGGUUUUAAGGGAACAAGAACUUAAGAAAUAUAAAGGUGAUAAGAAUCCCGUAAUGAUAUAG